GCCAUGCCACAAAGUCAUUCCCCUCUUCCCCCAGCAAGGGGGGGGCCUGCCCCAGUCGGGCCAAAAUGUCAGUGACUGGGGCAGGAAAGUCGCCCCCCUCGGUGCAGAGUCUGGCCAUGAGGCUGCUGAGCAUGCCCGGGGCCCAGGGAGCUGCAACUGCUGGGCCCGAACCCCCUCCGGCAACCACUACCGGCCAGGAGGGGCAGCCCAAAGUACACCGAGCCCGGAAAACCAUGUCCAAACCCGGCAGCGGACAGCCUCCGGUCCCCGAGAAGCGCCCCCCUGAAGUACAGCAUUUCCGCAUGAGUGAUGACAUGCACUCACUGGGGAAGGUCACCUCAGAUGCGGCCAAAAGGAGGAAGCUGAACUCUGGCAGCCUGGUGAGCUGGAGAGGAAGACCUGGGGGGGGGGGUGGGGGGGGGUGGGCCAGAUCAGGAGAUGUGACCCUGGAGAAAGGAGAGCCCAGGCCCCUGGAGGAGUGGGAGGCAGUGGUGGGUGACGGCUUCAGCCUCUACUAUGACUCAUACUCUGUGGAUGAGCGAGUGGACUCUGACAGCAAGUCUGAAGUUGAAGCUUUAGCUGAGCCAUUGAGUGAAGAGGAGGAGGAAGAGGAGGAGGAGGAAGAAGAGGAGGAGGAAGAGGAGGAGGAGGAGGAGGAGGAGGAAGAAGAGGAGGAGGAAGAGGAGGAGGAGGAGGAGGAGGAGGAUGAGGAGUCAGGCAAUCAGUCGGACAGGAGUGGCUCUAGUGGCCGACGCAAGGCCAAGAAGAAAUGGCGGAAAGACAGCCCGUGGGUGAAACCAUCCAGGAAAAGGAGGAAGCGAGAGCCUCCCAGGACCAAAGAGCCAAGAGGAGUGAAUGGUGUGGGCUCCACAGGGCCCAGUGAGUACAUGGAGGUCCCUCUGGGGUCCCUGGAGCUGCCCAGCGAGGGGACCCUCUCCCCCAACCACGCUGGGGUAUCCAAUGACACGUCCUCACUGGAGACAGAGCGUGGGUUUGACGAGCUGCCCCUCUGCAGCUGCCGUAUGGAGGCACCCAAGAUAGACCGCAUUAGUGAGAGAGCCGGGCACAAGUGCAUGGCCACCGAGAGUGUGGAUGGAGAGCUGUCGGGUUGCAACGCCGCCAUCCUCAAGCGUGAGACCAUGCGGCCUUCCAGCCGAGUGGCCCUGAUGGUACUCUGUGAGGCCCAUCGUGCCCGCAUGGUCAAGCACCAUUGCUGCCCAGGCUGUGGCUACUUCUGCACAGCAGGUACCUUCCUGGAAUGCCACCCUGACUUCCGUGUAGCCCACCGCUUCCAUAAGGCCUGUGUGUCCCAGCUCAAUGGCAUGGUCUUCUGUCCCCACUGUGGAGAGGAUGCUUCAGAGGCCCAGGAGGUGACCAUUCCCCGGGGCGAUGGGGGAACCCCUCCAGCUGGCACUGCAGCUCCUGCCCCGCUACCCCUGGCACAGGACGCCCCAGGGCGAGCAGAUACCUCCCAGCCCAGCCAAUGAAUGCGAGGGCAUGGAGAGCCCCGGCGCCCGCCCUGCGACCCCCUGACAGACACCAUCGACAGCUCAGGACCUUCGCUAACCCUGCCUAACGGGAGCUGCCUCUCAGCUGUGGGUCUUCCCCCAGGGCCAGGCCGGGAAGCCCUGGAGAAGGCCUUGGUCAUUCAGGAGUCAGAGAGGCGGAAGAAACUUCGUUUUCACCCACGCCAACUCUACGUGUCUGUGAAGCAGGGAGAGCUGCAGAAGGUGAUCCUCAUGCUGCUAGACAACCUGGACCCCAACGUCCAGAACGACCAGCAGAGCAAACGCACACCCCUGCAUGCAGCUGCACAGAAGGGGUUCGUGGAGAUCUGUCACGUGCUGCUGCAGGCAGGAGCCAAUAUCAACGCCGUGGAUAAGCAGCAGCGUACACCACUGAUGGAGGCCGUGGUGCACAACCGCCUGGAGGUGGCGCGUUACAUGGUGCAGCUUGGUGGCUGUGUCUACAGCAAGGAAGAGGAUGGCUCCACCUGUCUCCAUCAUGCAGCCAAAAUGGGGAACUUGGAGAUGGUUAGCCUGCUGCUGAGCACCGGACAAGUGGACGUCAAUGCACAGGACAGCGGGGGCUGGACGCCCAUCAUCUGGGCAGCUGAGCACAAGCACAUAGACGUGAUCCGAAUGUUGCUGACCCGGGGUGCCGACGUAACCCUGACUGACAACGAAGAGAACAUCUGCCUUCACUGGGCCUCCUUCACGGGGAGCGCCGCCAUUGCUGAGGUCCUCCUGAAUGCCCGGUGCGACCUCCAUGCUGUCAACUACCACGGGGACACACCCCUCCACAUCGCUGCCAGGGAGAGCUACCACGACUGCGUUCUGUUGUUCCUGUCUCGUGGAGCCAACCCUGAGCUUCGGAACAAGGAAGGGGACACAGCUUGGGAUCUGACCCCAGAGCGGUCCGAUGUGUGGUUUGCACUGCAACUCAAUCGAAAGCUCAGGCUCGGGGUAGGAAACCGAGCUGUGCGCACCGAAAAGAUCAUCUGCCGGGAUGUGGCUAGAGGCUACGAGAACGUGCCCAUCCCCUGUGUCAAUGGCGUGGAUGGGGAGCCCUGCCCCGAGGAUUAUAAAUACAUCUCCGAGAACUGUGAGACAUCCACCAUGAACAUCGACCGGAAUAUCACUCACCUGCAGCACUGCACGUGUGCGGACGACUGCUCCAGCUCUAACUGUCUGUGUGGCCAGCUCAGCAUCCGAUGCUGGUAUGACAAGGACGGGCGGCUGCUUCAGGAAUUUAACAAGAUCGAACCCCCCCUGAUCUUUGAGUGUAACCAGGCAUGCUCCUGCUGGAGAAGCUGCAAGAACCGCGUGGUGCAGAGCGGCAUCAAGGUGCGGCUGCAGCUCUACCGUACAGCCAAGAUGGGCUGGGGGGUCCGUGCCCUGCAGACCAUUCCCCAGGGCACGUUCAUCUGCGAGUACGUUGGAGAACUGAUUUCUGAUGCCGAGGCCGACGUGAGAGAAGACGACUCUUACCUCUUCGAUUUGGACAACAAGGAUGGAGAGGUUUACUGCAUCGAUGCCCGUUACUAUGGCAACAUCAGCCGCUUCAUCAACCACCUGUGUGACCCCAACAUCAUCCCUGUCCGGGUCUUCAUGCUGCACCAAGAUUUGCGGUUUCCUCGCAUUGCCUUCUUCAGUUCCAGGGACAUCAGGACUGGAGAGGAGCUGGGGUUUGACUACGGUGACCGAUUCUGGGACAUUAAGAGCAAGUACUUCACCUGCCAGUGUGGCUCCGAGAAGUGCAAGCACUCUGCGGAGGCCAUCGCCCUGGAGCAGAGUCGCCUGGCUCGACUGGACCCCCACCCCGAGCUGCUGCCUGAACUCAGCGCCUUGCCCCCCAUAAACACCUGAGGACUCAAGAUCCAGGCCAGGGCACUGCCCUUCAGACAUUCCUCCCUCAGAGACUCCAGUCAGUCAGGCCUGGAGGGUGGACAGCCCCUCUCCCAGAGCUGGUUUCUCACUGGGAGUGUCACUUCGGGGCUGGCCAUGCUCCACUGAGCCAGGCCUCAGUUUGCUGAGUUGAAAUUGGGCCUCUGCCAACUGAUUUUCUGUGUUCUCAAUAAAUGUUGGGUUUGGUAAUAAA